GCUGCACAACUGGACAGCUGUUUAUUUUUACUGCCUGUGUGCAUAUUAAAAACAUUUGGUUCUGGUUAGACAGUCAUGUGGAAGCUGUGUAAUUAGUAUUUUUUUUUUUUUUUUGUGUCUAUAUGUUUAUGUGAUUAUGGAUAGAGAAAUUUUAGAUAACUUAGUUACUGCCGUGUCAAAUGGACGGACUGAUAUCGUGCGGACUCUUUUAUCUAUGUAUGAAACUGGUUCAAAUCCUCAUGGCACAAAUUUAUCAUGUGAGCAACUUUUAAGAGAAUUAUGCAGUGCUUAUGGGACACUUCUGCAUUUAGCUACAAAGUUGGAUCAUGUGGACAUUGUAAGAACACUGCUUUCUUCUGGUGCUCAUGUAAAUAUAAAAAACUCAAUUGGUGAAACUCCAUUGGAUUUGGUGGAAUCAGAUAAAAUGACUGCAGCAUAUGUGAAUGAGCUUCUAGAAUGUGCUGGUAAAUCGGAAACAGAUCGCAUAUGUGAGCUGGUAAAUGCUGGAGUAGAUGUAAAUAGCCAAGACUGCCCAGGUAGUGGAAAUCGGGCCUUACAUUGGGCUGUGUGCUUUGAUAAACCAGAUGCAGUGCACUGUUUAUUAAGUCUUAGAGCAUCACCAAAUGUUGUUAACUGUUUGGGUGCUACCCCCCUCCAUGAGGCUGUUAAAAGAAAAAAUAUUGAGAUUGUCAAAGCUCUUUUAAAUGCUGGUGCUGAUCCUACAAUUAAAAGUCGUAAAGGAAAAUAUUUUGGCAGAACACCAUUACAACUUGCUGAAGGUGAUGAAGAAUUGACAAACAUCCUGUUAGUUUAUACUAAUAAAGAUUCAGGCUCUGAAAGAAUAAGGACGAAUUCAGGCUGUCCAAUAUGACGGAAAACUCAUCAACAGUCGAGAAGCAGACCUGUACAUUAUUUACUGGAUGCUUAUAUAAACGAACAUCUCGAGAUUUGCGCACUCUGGCUGGCUGCCAAAUUCGAACAAGGAACUGUACAAUUAAUUCAGAUUCUAGCAGUUCUUUCAAGUAAUUUGGUAAAGAUGCCAUCUGUAAGGCAUUUGAAAAGACUGACUGCAUGUUUGAAAGUGAAUCAAG